AUGGAAUCAACUAGCAAAAGCAAAAAACGAAAGAAAUCUGGUUCGGAGAUCAGAAAGGCGAGUAAAGCAAGAAAGGAAGAAAACGAAAGACUUGGAUCGUUUAUGAAAAGUUAUUUUACGACAUCCACCAAAUCAUCAGAUAACACUAAUGUCUAUAAUACCGACGACCAAGCACCCCUGGAUGCUGGCGAAAACAACGAAGCGGAAAAGAAUAAUGACAAACGAUAUGAAGACUGUGAAGCAAAUGACGAGAAAGUCGAGAAUGAUGUGGGGUAUGAAAUUGAGGAAGUUCAAGUUACUGUAACUGGUGCAUCCGAAAUUCAAGAGAGAGUUGAAAAGGACAACACGAACGUACAAGAAUGCGCAAUGUCUAGUGUACUAGCUCCAAUUGAGUCUGAGUUGGCAUCUUAUGACUCUUAUUCAUUCAUUGAUAAUGAAGUUAACAAAAGAUUAAACACAACAAUUGAGACGCCGAUCGUGGAAGAAGAUGCCACGAGGCACAACACAAACUCAGCGAAUCCUACUUUCACACUUGAUGAAGAGAAUGAGACCUUGAGCUACGAUCCAGCUUUCCUUGUUGAUGAAUGUCUGAGAGGUGGAAAUGUGCGACCCAACCAAGGAAGUGCUUUUACCAAUUCUGGAUUUUCAAACUGGAAGAAGCAGUACAGUGCGAUAACAAAGCACGAAACUUCCGAAAGUCACAUAAAUGCCAAGAUUGCGCAAGUUGUCUUCUUACAAGGACUGUCUAUCGAUUCUUGUCUGGAGAAACAAGAGAAGAGUGAAAUUUUGCGACGAAAGAGGGAAAUCGUAACAAAUCGAAAUGUUAUGAAGCGUGUUGUCGACACUGUUUUACUGCUUGGAAAGCAGGGACUCGCUUUUCGGGGACAUCGAGAGUCGCUUGAUAAUCCUGAAAUAAAUCGAGGAAAUUACUUGGAGACCCUGGAUUACCUGUCAAUCUACGACGAUACAAUUCACGACCAUCUAGAAAGGGUUAGAAAUCAACAAGCUUUGUCAAGAAACAAGAGCGGCGGGAAAAGGGGUGCGAAAGGACGGGGUUCCAAAUUAACCUUUCUCAGCACGACACUAGAAUAA